UAUCUUGUUUCAUGUCUGUGAGGAACAUGUGUGACUUGUUUUUCAUCCUUCCUGCUGAUGUAACAUGUUCUUAUUUCAGAAACCGACACAGGAGAUGGAUCAUGCUGACGUUGUUUAUCUGGUCAUGUGGCUCAACAUUCGGUUCUGCCUUCCUGUCACAGUUCUGAUCAUCGGGUUGUGCUGCAUGGUUCGACUGGAAAACAUUCCUGUCAUCAAGUACAUGAACCUUCUGGUCUCCAAUCUGGUCCAGUUCAGCUCCAUGAUCGUCUGGGUGGCACAAAAGGAUGAAAGAGAGAUCCCCGUCUGGUCUGUGGCCGUGUAUUACUGCAGCGUGUUGGCCAGUCUGGGCUUCCGGGUCUGCAUCACUCUGGAGAGGUAUUUUGUGAUCGUCCCCCCAAAGCGGCAGUGCAUCAAACAACCUAUAAGUUCUGCGUUGAUCUGCUUCAUGAUGUGGGGUGUUUGUCUUACAGCUGCUCCGUUUCUGAGGGCCUAUCAACAUGUUUUACCCAUCUUUGUUUUCGUAGUUUUUGCUCUGGCCAUCCUCUCGGCCCCCAUCAUGGUUUUCUGUCUCACUCAGAGCAUCAGAUCGCUUCCUGCUGCCACCUCUGUGUCCACAGAGGAGAAACGCAGAGCUGUGGGGGUUUUGGUUUUCUUUGUGGUCAGUUACACUGAGAUGAUCCUCUCCACAGACAUUUGGUCUGUUUUAGUCUCCAGCUCGUUUUUAUUCCAUCUGUCUGACUUCAAAGUGAUAGUUUAUACUUUUCUACUGAAUCCUUUUAUGGACCUGGUUCUGUUUGUUUUCAUGUGUAAAGGUCCCAUUUAUAAGCUGUUGGGACAUCUGUGCUGCUGCAGCAUGGAUCAGACUGCAGAUAAAGUAAUUGAGGAGAUUUACGAGUUGGAAUGAUGAUGAACACAUUGAAAGCAUAUUAGGAGGCAGUAUUUAAAAAGACAAACCACUAAAAAAACAGAACUUUAAAAGUCUUCUACGACAUCACGCAGUAAACAGAAAUCAUUGUUUUUUGUCAUUUCAUGUUUAACUUCAGUUUAUGGUUGUAUGAACUUUCUUUUGAGUUCUACAUUUUGGCUUAUCUGCCUCAGCAAAAUAUGCAGCAAAUAUGGUAAGAUGUGAAAUGUUCUAUAGCUACUUGUAAAACUCCUGCUACUACCAGCAAAUGCAACUGACUAAACAAUAACUCAGUAAGCAAUACUUUCUUUAUUCGCUAGCCUGAUAUAUAAUUUAAGGUUUUUAAUGACUACAUGUGGCUCCAGGGAUAAGAUUUCUGACAGAGUUGUUUCUGUUGGUUUUUUGUAUUGUGAUAAGGAACUAAAUGCUCCAACAUGGGAACAUAGGAUCAGAAAAUAACUUUAAAACUUCAAAUCAGAUGAGUUCAUCCAUAUGUUCUCCAUGUGAUUUUCAUGAUUCCUUUGAUUAAGUAUUAAAUGUGUUACAAUCAGAUGAAUAUUAAUUUAUUUCCUCCAGA